UCAGCCAAAAAAAGGGGGUACUUAUGUAUGGCAGAACGGGCCAACCUGGUCUUUCAUAAUAAAGAGAUAGACGGAACUGCUAUGAAACGGCUUAUUAGCAGAUUAAUAGAUCAUUUCGGAAUGGGAUAUACAUCCCAUAUACUGGAUCAAAUAAAGACUCUGGGCUUCCAUCAAGCCACUACUACAUCGAUUUCUUUAGGAAUCGAGGAUCUUUUAACAAUACCCUCUAAAGGAUGGUUAGUCCAAGACGCGGAACAACAGAGUUUUCUUUUGGAGAAACACUAUUAUUAUGGAGCUAUACACGCGGUAGAAAAAUUACGCCAAUCCGUUGAGAUAUGGUAUGCUACAAGUGAAUAUUUGAAACAAGAAAUGAAUUCGAAUUUUCGAAUAACGGAUCCUUCUAAUCCAGUCUAUCUAAUGUCUUUUUCAGGAGCCAGAGGAAAUGCAUCUCAGGUACACCAAUUAGUAGGUAUGAGAGGGUUAAUGGCGGAUCCUCAAGGACAAAUGAUUGAUUUACCUAUUCAAAGCAAUUUACGCGAGGGACUUUCUUUGACAGAAUAUAUAAUUUCCUGCUACGGAGCCCGAAAAGGGGUUGUAGAUACUGCUGUACGAACAGCGGAUGCUGGCUAUCUUACACGUAGACUUGUUGAAGUAGUUCAACAUAUUAUUGUGCGUAGAAGAGAUUGUGGUACUAUCCAAGGUAUUUCUGUGAGUCCUCAAAAUGGGAUGACGGAAAAACUUUUUGUCCAAACACUAAUUGGUCGUGUAUUAGCAGACGAUAUAUAUAUUGGUUCACGAUGCAUUGCUUCUCGAAAUCAAGAUAUUGGAAUUGGAUUAGUCAAUCGAUUCAUAACUGCCUUUCGAGCACAACCGUUUCGAGCACAACCAAUAUAUAUUAGAACCCCCUUUACUUGCCGGAGCACAUCUUGGAUCUGUCAAUUAUGUUAUGGGCGGAGUCCCACUCAUGGGGAUCUGGUCGAAUUGGGGGAAGCUGUAGGUAUUAUUGCGGGUCAAUCAAUUGGGGAGCCGGGGACUCAAUUAACAUUAAGAACUUUUCAUACUGGUGGAGUAUUCACAGGGGGUACUGCCGACCUUAUACGAUCCCCCUCGAAUGGAAAAAUCCAAUUCAAUGAGGAUUUGGUUCACCCCACACGUACCCGUCAUGGGCAGCCUGCUUUUCUAUGCUAUAUAGACUUGCAUGUAACUAUUCAGAGUCAGGAUAUUCUACAUAGUGUGAAUAUUCCGUUAAAAAGCUUGAUUCUAGUGCAAAAUGAUCAAUAUGUAGAAUCUGAACAAGUAAUUGCGGAGAUUCGUGCCGGAACGUCCACUUUGCAUUUUAAAGAAAAGGUACAAAAGCAUAUUUAUUCCGAAUCAGACGGGGAAAUGCACUGGAGUACUGAUGUUUACCAUGCGCCCGAAUAUCAAUAUGGUAAUCUUCGUCGAUUACCAAAAACAAGCCAUUUAUGGAUAUUGUCAGUAAGUAUGUGCAGAUCCAGUAUAGCAUCUUUUUCGCUGCACAAGGAUCAAGAUCAAAUGAAUACUUAUUCUUUUUCUGUUGAUGGAAGAUAUAUCUUUGACUUCUCAAUGGCUAAUGAUCAAGUAAGCCAUAGACUGUUGGAUACUUUUGGUAAAAAAGAUAGAGAAAUUCUUGAUUAUUUAACGCCAGAUCGAAUCGUGUUCAACGGUCAUUGGAAUUGUUUCUAUCCUUCCAUUCUUCAAGAUAAUUCAGAUUUGUUGGCGAAAAAGCGAAGAAAUAGGCUCGUCGUUCCAUUACAAUAUCAUCAAGAACAAGAAAAAGAGCGAAUAUCCUGUUUGGGUAUUUCAAUGGAAAUACCCUUUAUGGGUGUUUUACGUAGAAAUACUAUUUUUGCUUAUUUUGACGAUCCACGAUACAGAAAAGAUAAAAGGGGUUCAGGAAUUGUUAAAUUUAGAUAUAGGACCCUGGAGGAAGAAUAUCGGACCCAAGAGGAAGAGUAUAGGACUCGAGAGGAAGAAUAUCGGACUCGAGAGGAAGACUCAGAAGACGAAUAUGAGAGCCCAGAGAACAAAUAUAGGACCCGAGAGGGAGAGGGCGAAUAUAAAAUCCUAGAAGACGAAUAUAGGACUCUAGAGGACGAAUAUGAAACCCUAGAAGAUGAAUAUGGGAUCCUAGAGGACGAAUAUAGGACUCUAGAGAAAGACUCAGAGGAAGAAUAUGGGAGCCUAGAGAACAAAUAUAGGACUCGAGAGGGAGAGGGCGAAUAUGAAAUCCUAGAGGAAGAAUCAGAAGAAGAAUAUGGGAGCUCUGAAGAUGGCUCAGAGAAGGAAUAUGGGACUUUAGAAGAAGACUCAGAAGAAGACUCAGAGGAAGACUCAGAAGACGAAUAUGGGAGCCCGGAGGAAGAUUCUAUCUUAAAAAAAGAGGGUUUUAUUGAGCAUCGAGGAACAAAAGAAUUUAGUCUAAAAUACCAAAAAGAAGUAGAUCGGUUUUUUUUCAUUCUUCAAGAACUGCAUAUCUUGCCGAGAUCCUCAUCCCUAAAGGUACUUGACAAUAGUAUUAUUGGAGUCGAUACACAACUCACAAAAAAUACAAGAAGUCGACUAGGUGGAUUGGUCCGAGUGAAGAGAAAAAAAAGCCAUACAGAACUCAAAAUCUUUUCCGGAGAUAUUCAUUUUCCUGAAGAGGCGGAUAAGAUAUUAGGUGGCAGUUUGAUACCACCAGAAAGAGAAAAAAAAGAUUCUAAGGAAUCAAAAAAAAGGAAAAAUUGGGUUUAUGUUCAACGGAAAAAAUUUCUCAAAAGCAAGGAAAAGUAUUUUGUUUCGGUUCGACCUGCAGUCGCAUAUGAAAUGGACGAAGGGAUAAAUUUAGCAACACUUUUCCCGCAGGAUCUCCUGCAAGAAGAGGAUAAUCUCCAACUUCGACUUGUCAAUUUUAUUUCUCAUGAAAAUAGCAAGUUAACUCAAAGAAUUUAUCACACGAAUAGUCAAUUCGUUCGAACUUGCUUAGUAGUGAAUUGGGAACAAGAAGAAAAAGAGGGAGCUCGUGCUUCUCUUGUUGAGGUAAAAACAAAUGAUCUAAUUCGCGAUUUCCUAAGAAUUGAGUUAGUCAAGUCUACUAUUUUGUAUACACGAAGAAGGUAUGAUAGGACAAGUGUAGGAUUGAUUCCCAAUAAUAGGUUAGAUCGCAACAAUACCAAUUCCUUUUAUUCCAAGGCGAAGAUUCAAUCACUUAGCCAACAUCAAGAAGUUAUUGGCACCUUGUUGAAUCGAAAUAAAGAAUAUCCAUCUUUGAUGAUUUUGUUGGCAUCCAACUGUUCUCGAAUUGGUUUAUUCAAGAAUUCUAAAUAUCCCAAUGCGGUAAAAGAAUCGAAUCCUAGAAUUCCUAUUCGAGAUAUUUUUGGGCUCUUAGGCGUUAUUGUACCUAGUAUAUCGAAUUUUUCUUCAUCUUACUAUUUAUUAACGCAUAAUCAGAUCUUGUUAAAAAAAUACUUGUUCCUUGACAAUUUGAAACAAACCUUACAAGUACUUCAAGGACUUAAAUACUCUUUAAUAGACGAAAAUAAAAGGAUUUCGAAUUUUGACAGUAACAUCAUGUUGGAGCCAUUCCAUUUGAAUUGGCACUUUCUCCAUCAUGACUCAUGGGAAGAGACAUUGGCAAUAAUUCACCUUGGACAAUUUAUUUGUGAAAAUUUAUGUCUAUUUAAAUUACACAUAAAAAAAUCUGGUCAAAUUUUCAUUGUUAAUAUGGACUCCUUUGUUCUAAGAGCAGCUAAGCCUUAUUUGGCCACUAUAGGAGCAACUGUUCAUGGUCAUUAUGGAAAAAUCCUUUACAAAGGAGAUAGGUUAGUUACGUUUAUAUAUGAAAAAUCGAGAUCCAGUGAUAUAACGCAAGGUCUUCCAAAAGUAGAACAAAUCUUCGAAGCGCGUUCAAUUGAUUCACUAUCGCCGAAUCUCGAAAGGAGAAUUGAGGAUUGGAAUGAACGUAUACCAAGAAUUCUUGGGGUUCCCUGGGGAUUCUUGAUUGGAGCUGAGCUAACCAUAGCCCAAAGUCGUAUCUCUUUGGUUAAUAAGAUCCAAAAGGUUUAUCGAUCCCAAGGGGUACAGAUCCAUAAUAGACAUAUAGAGAUUAUUAUACGCCAAGUAACAUCAAAAGUAAGGGUUUCCGAAGAUGGAAUGUCUAAUGUUUUUUUACCUGGGGAAUUAAUAGGACUAUUGCGAGCGGAACGAGCAGGGCGGGCUUUAGAUGAAUCGAUCUAUUAUCGGGCAAUCUUAUUGGGAAUAACAAGGGCUUCCCUGAAUACCCAAAGUUUCAUAUCUGAAGCAAGUUUUCAAGAAACUGCUCGAGUUUUAGCAAAAGCUGCCCUACGAGGUCGUAUUGAUUGGUUGAAAGGUCUGAAAGAAAACGUAGUUCUGGGGGGGAUUAUACCUGUUGGUACCGGAUUCCAAAAAUUUGUGCAUCGUUCCCCACAAGACAAGAACCUUUAUUUAGAAAUUCAAAAAAAAAAUCUAUUCGCGUCGGAAAUGAGAGAUAUUUUGUUUCUCCAUACAGAAUUAGUUUCUUCUGAUUCUGACGUAACAAACAAUUUCUAUGAAACAUCAGAGACCCCGUUUACCCCUAUUUAUACGAUUUAAGUAUACAUAAAGCAAUUUUUUUUACUUUAAUUUAAACUAUACUUUUGACCUUAGAAUGCUAACAGGUCUGAUUUUCGAUUUUGUACUUAAAUUUAAAUUGUAUUUUAAUAAGUAAAAGAAGUCAGUUAAUUCAUUAAGGCUAUGUUUAUACCGUGUAUCAAUGGUCAAGAAGGUUCCAUUGGAACAAUUAUUAUUUAUUUCAAGCUAUUUCGGCUCUUUCUUAAUCUUCAAAAAGAAAUGAAUUCCGUAAUGGUAACACGAAAAAAGAAAAAAAAAGGAAGUGUGGAAAAAAUGACAAGAAGAUAUUGGAACAUCAAUUUGAAAGAGAUGAUAGAAGCGGGAGUUCAUUUUGGUCAUGGUAUUAAGAAAUGGAAUCCCAAAAUGGCCCCUUACAUCUCGGCAAAGCGUAAAGGUACUCAUAUUACAAAUCUUGCUAGAACAGCUCGUUUUUUAUCAGAAGCUUGUGAUUUAGUUUUUGAUGCAGCAAGUCAGGGAAAAAGCUUCUUAAUUGUUGGUACCAAAAAAAGAGCAGCGGAUUUAGUAGCAUCAGCUGCAAUAAGGUCUCGUUGUCAUUAUGUUAAUAAAAAGUGGUUCAGCGGUAUGUUAACGAAUUGGUCGAUUACCAAAACUAGACUUUCUCAAUUUAGAGACUUAAGAGCAGAAGAAAAAAUGGGAAAAUUCCACCAUCUCCCAAAAAGAGAUGCGGCAAUCUUAAAGAGAAAAUUAUCUACCUUGCAAAGAUAUCUCGGCGGGAUCAAAUAUAUGACGAGGUUGCCUGACAUUGUGAUCGUCCUUGAUCAGCAAAAAGAGUAUAUAGCUCUUCAGGAAUGUGCCAUUUUGGGGAUUCCUACUAUUUCUUUAGUCGAUACAAAUUGUGACCCAGAUCUUGCGAAUAUAUCGAUUCCUGCCAACGAUGACACUAUGACUUCAAUUCGAUUAAUUCUUAACAAAUUAGUAUUUGCAAUUUCUGAGGGCCGUUCUCUCUAUAUAAGAAAUCGUUGAUUAAGAAGAAUAGUGAAUUCUUGAGCAACUGCGUAGAUUUAUAGGAUUAAUUACUAUUCUUUUUUGUUUUGCAUAGAUAAAAGAAGGGAAAUAUUGAUAUAUAUUAGAGGGUAUUGAUAUAUAUUAUGAUCUGAUGUGAUUUCUUGGUAUAUUAAAUAUAAGAUUAAUACUUCAAGUUGCUGAGUUGAGAAAGAGAUGCUUGAAUCAAAAGAAUUCCUUUUUUGAAGUUCAAUUUUUAUCAGAGGACAAUAUGAAUAUUACACCAUGUUCCAUUAAAACACUCAAGGGGUUAUAUGAUAUAUCGGGUGUAGAAGUAGGGCAACACUUCUAUUGGCAAAUAGGAGGUUUCCAAAUUCAUGCCCAAGUACUCAUCACUUCUUGGGUCGUAAUUACUAUUUUGCUAGGUUCAGUUAUCAUAGCUGUUCGGAAUCCACAAACCAUCCCGACCGAUGGUCAGAAUUUCUUCGAAUAUGUCCUUGAGUUUAUUCGAGACUUGAGCAAAACUCAGAUUGGAGAAGAAUAUGGUCCCUGGGUUCCCUUUAUUGGAACUAUGUUCCUUUUUAUUUUUGUUUCGAAUUGGUCAGGUGCUCUUUUACCUUGGAAAAUUAUAGAGUUACCCCAUGGGGAAUUAGCAGCGCCCACGAAUGAUAUAAAUACUACUGUUGCUUUAGCUUUACUAACAUCAGCGGCAUAUUUUUAUGCGGGUCUUAGCAAAAAAGGAUUGAGUUAUUUCGAAAAAUAUAUUAAACCAACCCCAAUCCUUUUACCUAUUAACAUCCUAGAAGAUUUCACAAAACCAUUAUCACUUAGUUUUCGACUUUUCGGAAAUAUAUUGGCGGAUGAAUUAGUCGUUGUUGUUCUUGUUUCUUUAGUCCCCUUAGUAGUCCCUAUACCGGUCAUGUUUCUUGGAUUAUUUACAAGCGGUAUUCAAGCUCUUAUUUUUGCAACGUUAGCCGCAGCCUAUAUAGGUGAAUCCAUGGAAGGUCAUCAUUGAAUUAACUAGUUUUUGAAAUAGUCUUUCUUUUUUUAGCUUAGCCCAAUUCAUGCAUGAUUCCGGAUAAUCCUCUUAGUUGGAAAACUAAAUAGUUCGAAAGGCGUAUGAAUAUACAACCUAGAGUUGUAGGAGAGAGAAUAGACUAUAUUAUGGAAGAGGUAAAGUAUAUAUGCAUUCAGGGGGGCCAAGUCAGGUUAGAUCUAUAUCUUUAAUGCCUAUAAGACAGUCAUCUUUUGUGUGGCUUUCUAAAGAAUGAUUUUAGAAUCGGAUUCAAUAGAAAAUGAGAAAAUAGGCAAACAAAAUAGAAGAAACAAAUGUAUAUGGGAUUUUUUUUAUUCCUAAGUUAGAUUCAUUAUCUAAUCCGAUAUAUAGAAUUCCCUUCUAUAUGGAACUGGAUUCCAUAUCUAGUUCUAUGCAGCAUAUUGUUAUCAAUUGUAUAUCUUGAUUUGAUUCCUAUUGGAUUUGGAUUAGUUCGAUUUCAAUAGGGGUUCUUCCUGUAUUUCGUCUUUUAUUAUGUUAGAUGAAGGGGAAAAAAUGGGAACUCAAAGAUAUCGAAGAGUAAAAAAAAGGAUGGAAUAAAAGAGUGAUUGGUUGAAAAGAAAGAGAAAUAGAAUAAUGAGAAUCAUAUGGAUUUACACAAACCUCUAAUGAUUAGAAACUAAAAACGAGAUCUCGAAGUAAUUCGAACGAUUUCGAUUAUCAUUUAUUUGUACUUAUUAGUUACUUCUACCCGAUAGAGCUUAGAAGUUGGAAGUAAUAAUUUCUUGGUUGAUUGUAUCCUUAACCAUUUCUUUUUUUUUGACACGAGGAACUCAUCAUGAAUCCACUAAUUGCUGCUGCUUCCGUUAUUGCUGCUGGAUUGGCCGUAGGGCUUGCUUCUAUUGGGCCCGGAGUUGGUCAAGGUACUGCUGCAGGACAAGCUGUAGAAGGUAUUGCGAGACAGCCAGAAGCAGAAGGUAAAAUAAGAGGUACUUUAUUGCUUAGUCUAGCUUUUAUGGAAGCUUUAACAAUUUAUGGACUGGUUGUGGCACUAGCGCUUUUAUUUGCGAACCCUUUUGUUUAAUCCUAAAAAAGAAAAUGAGUCCUUUAGAUUAGAUACUUUUUUCUUUUUUUAGUACAUUGGCAUUUGCUUAUGUAAUUCUAAGUAUAUCAAUACUUUACUUUACUCCUAUUUAUUAUAUUAUUUCUUUUUUAUAUUAUUCCGGAAAUUUUGUAUUUAUCGGGACAGACAAUACCCUAGGAACCCCAAGAAGGGCUGAUUUGAGCAUGAUCAAUUUAGAGGAUAUGCUCGCCCUCUUCCUUCCCGUCCUUAGUUUAGGACAGUGGAAAGUAUUUUUCCUUUUAUUUUAGGAAUUUUGGGAACAUUUCAACAAAGGAGAUCUUUCACAGGUCAAACGAGACCUAAGACUUAAUCUAAAAGAAAUUAUUAGAUUGAAUCUAUUUGCAUUAAAAAAACCGAUCAAAAAAGGACGAGCGAAGUAAGUAAUCGAAAAACUUUCUUCUUUGUUCGUCCUAUCUAUAAGAGGAGAGCAUAUGAAAAAUGUAACCCAUUCUUUUGUUUUUUUAGCUCACUGGCCAUUCGCUGGGAGUUUCGGGCUUAAUACCGAUAUUUUAGCAACAAAUCUAAUAAAUCUAACUGUAGUGGUUGGUGUAUUGAUUUUUUUUGGAAAGGGAGUGUGUGCGAGUUGUCUAUUUCAAGAAUAGAUUGGAUCUAUCCGGCUGCACUUUAGAAUAUUUUUAGUAUUUUUUUUGAUAAAUAAGAAAAGGUGCACGAUCUCGACGAAUUACUUCUGAAUAACUUCAGAAAUCAUAUGGAAGAACCAUAGCAUUUCGCGAUUCAUUGGUAAAUUUACUUUGAUUCUCUAUAGACCAAUAAUGUGAGACCAUUAACACGGUUAAAGCUAAACUGCUUGAAGUCCGGGCAAAAAGGGGUACUCUUUCUACAACUACAUUAGUAUUAGUCUCGAAAUGCUUUAAACGGGAAAUAGCUAGUGUAGAAUUUAUCUGAUAUAGAACACUCAUAUCGAUAAAAUAGUUUGAACUAUUUACUAGAAGGGCACGCAGCCCUUUUUCCAAUGCCAAAUCGACGACCUAUGUAUAAAAAA